AUGACCGUCGACCAAACCUCCUCACCAGUCCAUCUCUCGAAUUCUCUCCUCGCAGAGGUAGCUCGACACACUACCAUCGACAUCAACAACAAUGUCGCCUCGAUCGCUCUUCAGUACAAUCUCGCGCAUCGUCGAAUGCUCGAGCUUGCGUCCACCUCCAGCACUUCCACUCCAGCCGCCCAGCAGCAAGUGCAGACAGACAUCCGACCGCUGUUUAGCGAUAUGACUUCAAACCAGAUUAUUGUGUCUUCCACCUACGUCGGUUUGCUUGCUUCUGAUCCUAGCAAAGCCCAGAAGCUGCUGCAAGUGUCUCUCUCGUCCGCAAAACAGUUGCAGUCUGGAAUGUGGAACGGAGAACAGCUCGACUCAGCUAUGCUCGAACGACUUUCCCUCAACUCCAGCCUCUCAGGCAGUGAGAGUGCGGAAGAAAAGCAGCAGCACUUGGCAUCCGACAUCCUCACCGUCCUCUUCGGCCUCGAAACGCUCCCCAACCUACUCAACCACGGCAACCUUCACGCCCAAACAGCUGCCUCUCAGGCGUACAAUCCCCAGGCCGCCGUCAAACACGCACGUCGAUUCGUUGCCCUCUACCAACUUUUUUCCUCCACCACAGUCGAUACCUCCCGAAUCUGCAUCAAGAUCCCUUCCACCAUCCCUGGGCUUCAGGCUAUGCGAUAUCUCUCCUCCGGUGGUCACCUGGACGAGUCCCACCUCGGCGGUCCUCUGAGUGAAGGCAAGAUUCAAGUGUUAGCAACGACCAUUUUCACCGUCGAACAGGGUCUUGUUGCAGCACAAGCAUCACGUGCGAUUUACACUGCUCCGUAUAUCAACGCUUUAGCUGCGCAUUUCUUUGCUGUUGACAACCCGAGCGAAGAUGAGAGGAAAAAGGCAUUGGAAGCUGGAGCUAGAUCAGUGAAGGAAAUUAUUAUUCCUCUGCAACGGUGCCUUUUGCGGCUGCGGAAGGAUGAUGCGAGGAUCAAGACUCAAGUUAUGGCUGCAUCAUUUUUGAGUAUUGAAGAAGUCAUUCAGUUGUGUGGCUUGGAUCACCAGACGUUGGGUGCACCCAUUGUGGAAGGGUUGGCGAAUACAGAGUUGACUGCUGCGCAUAAGAGGAAGGCGGAAGAAGCUAGGGGUGAGUUUGGUGUUGCUUCAGAUGCAGAGUUGGAAGAGUUUGGUGCCAGCGUGGCUGCAAAGAAAGCAGAAGAGGUUGGGUACGGGGGAUGGUUGAAGGAAGGUUCAGAGUCUUAUCGGAGGUUGGCAAAGGUGCUGAGUGAGGAUGAGAGAUGUAAGUAUAUGCUGGACGAUGCUUUGGAUAGGUUUUCCAAGGCUGAGGUAAAUCUACGACAGCUCUUCUAA